GUUUCUUCCGCCGGUGAGACAGAUCGCUGGAUUAUUUUCCGUCAGCCGUGUGUCGCAGGCAUCUCUGAUCAGCUGAUCUCGAAGGGUUGAUCGUUUAAUCUCUCCAUCAUUUGAGAAGUGAGACUGAAAUGGAUGCAUAUACGCUCAAGUCAGUGUCAGAUUUGCCGUCACAUUUCCGUUCAAUAUUUACUUUCAGAUACUUCAACCCACUACAGAGUGAAUGCUUCCCCGUUUGUUUCCAUUCUGAUGUCAACAUGGUCAUCUCUGCACCAACUGGGAGUGGUAAAACUGUGCUUUUUGAACUCUGUAUACUGAGGCUUCUCUCCAGGUUCAUAUCUGGGCAGAACUUUAUCCAUGUCAAGGGAACCCUUAAAACAGUCUAUAUUGCACCAUCGAAGGCUCUCGUACAGGAGAAGGUCCGUGACUGGAAUAACAAGUUUGGACCACUGGGAAUAGCUUGCUUGGAGCUGACAGGGGACAAUGAAUUUUAUGACAGUAGGACUAUACAAGAAGCAGAUAUUAUUCUGACCACCCCAGAGAAAUUUGAUGCUGUGACUAGAUACCGCAUAAAGAAUGGAGGCUUGAGCUUUUUCAGUGACAUAGCUCUUCUACUUAUUGAUGAAGUUCAUCUAUUGAAUGAUCCUCGUGGAGCAGCUUUGGAGGCAAUUGUUAGUAGAAUUAAAAUGCUUUCUAGUAAUCCUGAACUGAGAUCAAGUCCUCUGUCUACUAUCCGUCUUUUAGCUGUUUCGGCCACAGUUCCUAAUAUUGGUGACCUUGCUGAAUGGCUUAAUGUUCCUGUCAAAGGAAUCAAAAGAUUAUCACUUGUGCAGAUCGUCAGGAAGAGCUAUUUUCUUAUCGUUCGUCUAUCCCGUUUGCAGGAUAUACCCCAGCAAAGAAUGAUUUUCUCUUUGAAAAGGCAAGUGGUCCGCCUUCAAAAUUACAUUUUUGAUACCCUAAUGCAAUUCUCCAAAGGAAAGUCUGCAUUAAUCUUCUGUUCUACAAGAAAGGGAGCACAGGAAACAGCACAACAACUGUCUCAAACAGUGAUGAAUUUCGGCUAUUCUAAUCCGUUCAUUAAAGACCAUGAACAGAAGGAAAGACUUAGAGAGGCUUCCAUGUCAUUCAGUGACAAACAGAUGCAAUCUUAUAUACUCUAUGGAAUUGGGUAUCACAAUGGUGGUCUCUGCAUGAAGGACCGCAGUCUCGUUGAAGGUCUCUUUCUUAAGGGUGAUAUUCAGGUUCUGUGCACUACAAAUACCCUUGCUCAUGGAGUAAACUUGCCAGCACAUACUGUAGUGAUAAAGUCGACACAGCAUUAUAACAAAGAAAAAGGUCUCUACAUGGAGUAUGAUCGAUCCACAGUACUACAGAUGUGUGGAAGAGCGGGUCGGCCACCAUUUGAUGAUACAGGGACAGUCAUAAUCAUGACAAAAAGAGAAACAGUCCACCUGUAUGAAAAUCUAUUGAAUGGAUGUGAAUUGGUGGAAUCACAGUUGCUUCCAUGCGUGACAGAGCAUCUGACAGCAGAGAUAGUUCAGCUGACAGUUUCAGAUAUAGCACGUGCAAUUGAGUGGAUGAAAUGCUCUUACUUGUAUGUUAGAAUGAAAAAGGCAAGCACUUCUAGUUCAACCUCUUCAAACCCAGAGAAUUAUGCUGUUAGCAGGGGCAUUAAUAGAGAAUCUAUUGAGAAGCAUAUCAAAGAUGUUUGUGUCCACAAAGUUCAGGAGUUAUCACGCUAUCAAAUGAUCUCGACAGAUCAUGAUGGCUUCAUUCUGAAACCACUAGAGCCUGGGAGAUUAAUGACCAAGUACUACCUGAAAUUCGACACAAUGAAGCACAUUAUGCUGACUCCAGACAACUGCAGUCUGGAAGAUGCACUAAAAGUCGUAUGCCGUGCUGAGGAAAUUUCCUGGAUACAACUCAGGCGCAAUGAGAAGAAGGUGUUGAAUGAUAUUAAUGCUGACAAAGGUGCUAGGCUUCGUUUUCAUGUGAAUGAUGAAAGAGGGAAAAGGAAGAAACGCAUUCAGUCCAAAGAAGAGAAGAUAUUUAUCUUGGCAAAUGACUGCUUGACUGGGGAUCCUGCAAUCCGAGACUUGUCCCUAUCCCAGGAUAUGAAUUCUGUUUGCACCAACGGAUGUAGAAUUGCAAAGUGCAUGAAAGAGUACUUCUUGUUCAAGAGAAAUUAUAAAGGAGCAGUGCAGACUAUCCUUCUGGCCAAAUCACUGUAUCAGAAACUUUGGGACGACAGUCCCUACUUACUGAAACAAUUACCUGGCAUUGGAAUGGUCACGGCCAAGGCUCUUCAUUCCAUGGGUGUCAAAUCGUUUGAUGCAUUAGCUGAAGCUGAUCCCAGACGAAUUGAGAUAAUCACAUGUCGUAAGUUCCCAUUUGGGAACCAUAUCAAGGAUUCUCUACUCUCACUGCCUCCCAAAGUCGAUAUGAGUAUAGAGGAAAUUGAUAGCCAAAGGCAAGGGAAGUCUAAAAUAAAAGUCACAUUGACCAGGUUAUCACAAUCUUCAGCAUUAUCCAAGCGACAUUUUGCUGAUAUGAUUGUUGGUGUGGAGGAAGAGAACCAGAUUCACUUUCACGAGAAAAUAAGAGUGGACGAGUUCUCCAGUGGAUUUGUAUUUUCUACCCGUUGCAGCCCUUACAGUGCUACAAUCCUCGUGUCGGCCAACCAACAGCAGAAGCUGACCAUCAAGGCUGAUUUCAUGUUUGAAGAGUAUCUUGGUCUCGAUUGCCAUCAGAAGCUUAUUCUGAUGAAGGAAGGCCGACCCACUGGUAAGAACCACAACAGACCACCUCCAAACAAGCAGCCUCCCUGCGUUCCUCUGUCCAAGGAAGUCUGUGCGAUAGAAGUCGACGAUGAAAGCAUGUCGUCCAACGCUGCAGCAGCUGAAGACAAUUCAAUGCCCAGUUUCAAGCUCCUAGAUGAAGAUAUCGAAGAUGAAGAUGAACCAGUCGUUGAAAUCCAGAACGACAAGUUCAACAACAACUGGUCAGAAAGAACAAUAUUCGACCACAUACGUGAAAAGGCCAAGAGCUUCCCUAUCAUCAACACUUCAGAAGCCUUUCUUCUCCAAAGUGAAGAACAACAAAGGGGCCUUAACGAGACUGAACUCGAGCUCGGCAGAAGGCUGGAUGCUAAAGAAGACUCCAUCAUAGAUCUUACCAUAGACCCCAGCUGGUUAGAACAGGAAGGUGAAGACAUUAUUCUCAACAGCCAUAGUUCCACCAUUGAAGGUGGAAGAAGUUUUGUCGAAGACAGGGAAGGUGCUAGCGGUGGUGGCAUUGCUCCCGAACCUGAGAAAGCUCUGAACGGGGAAGCAAUAUUCGAUCACAUAAGGAGGAAAGCUGAGGAGUUCCCGUUUCUGACCUCAACCCUGCGCUGGAUGAAUGAACCGUCUCUGGAACCGGUUUCUGAACCGCCCGAGGUUGGACCGAGACCAGAAUGCUUCCGAAAGGGUGACGUUGUCCUUUCGGAUUCCCAUCCUGGAGGGCAGAAGGUAAAAGUGGACGCAUUCUCUCCAAGUCCAGGCAGGAAAUUUACCGGUCUGAGUCUGCCUUCGAAGAGUCUGCCAGUCUCUAAAGUAGAUCGUCCACCUCGUGGAGAAAUGUUAUCGUUUGAUAUUUCCAUGAUGAAGGGUAGUAAUAGCAACAGUGGGAGCAAGAGGAAAGAGCAGCAGAAGGAAUGGUCUCCGAGCAGUGGAUCGAAACGCCAGCGUUGUGGUCUGGCAAUGCCGGUGCAGACGGGACAAGCAGAUUCGUUCAUGGGGUUCCAGAGCGUGUUCUCAUUCCUGUGAUGCUUCCUCUCUCUAUCUCCAUCGUUGAAGCAUAAAUGAGGUUAGUUCAACAUUACUUCUUCGUAUUAUCUUUUCUUGUCCUGCACGUUUCCAGUUGUUCUUUUCCUUUUCAUGUUUUGAUUUACCCUUUGGAACAUAGUUUUCCAUU